AUGUUGCCAAGAGUUCUGUUCCCUCUUCUCACCGCCUCGGCUGUUGCCGAAGUGCAUUUUCUAUUUUCUGGCUUCUUUUCUGGAUCCAUGAUUGCUGGUAUCGAGUUUGAUGAUAAAGCCCAUUCCUUGAACUUGGUGAAGAAUAUCUCAUCGGCGUCUGAUGACGGAUCAAAGUGGAUAGCACUAGACGCUCACAAACAAAAUCUAUACGUUGGCACCACUGGUUACUUUCAAAGCUACAAGAUAACCAAGGAUCUCGGUUUAACUUACAAGAGCAAUGUCAGCUUGUCUUCGGACUGCAACAACGCAAACUUCAUCACGGCAUCGUCCAAGUCUCCUUUCGCAGUAUUCGGCACCCCCUACGGAGACGGCUGUCCAACAGUCGCCAUAUCCGUCGAUGAGACUGGCAAUUUACAGAAGAGUUUCGCAAACGCGACUUACAAUACUAAAGGCGGUGUUCACGGAACCGCGCUGAGCCCCAAGAAUGACUUCCUGUACUCUGCCGAUGACAUGGGAAAUGCAGUCUGGGUCCACUCUUACGAUCGCGAGAGCGGCAAAGUUGAAGAGGUGCAGUAUCUUGCUGCCGAGGAAGGAUCAAACCCGAGACAUUUAACGGUGCAUCCGAACGGGGAAUGGGUGUAUGUUGUGUACGAGGAGGCGAACUCUGUUGCGGCAUACCAACGGAACACAAAUACGGGAAAACUCGAGUUUCGAAAUGAGACGUACAGUUUACUUCCUUCUGGAUUCACCAACUCUUCUUCUUACUGGGCUGAUGAAGUACUUCUUUCCACGCCUGCCGAUGGAUCAUCCCCCAAAUACCUAAUCGCUGCCACGAGGUCUCGUAAGACAGGAGUUCCCGGAUAUGUCUCUGCGUUUAGUCUUGAUGCCAAGACUGGAGGUGUCAGAGAGCAGCUGUUUCUGCAGGAAACCACCAAUAGUGGAGGAUCUGCAAAUGCCGUGUCACCAGCUUCGUUCAGUGAGGAUUACUUUGCUAUCACUGAUAGUGGUUCGAAUUUUAUUGAAGUUUGGAAGAUUAAGGACAAGUGUGCAGCGGCAGUGGCCCAUCUUGAUCUUCAGAAUGGACCAGCUAAUGCUGUAUGGUAUAGCUAA